UAGGUUUCAUAUAGAAUUCUGUAAUCUUAUUCGUUGUUGGCCUGCACAUGCUUUUAAGAUGAAUUGAGCUGGAAUACCUUAUGAGCAUGACCUAUAAUAGCGUCAUGCCGGUGAACUUUACUCUAUGUUUUUGGCCAAAUCUUCAGGUCUCUAUAAAAAUGGAAGCACUAACAGAAUUGAGAUUUUUGGCAAGUCUGAGAUGUGGCAAGGUCUAUCUAUGAGGUAUCCAUGCCUUCCAUGCAUGAAAAAUUCUUGGCAUGUAUCUUAUACUGCAUUUGCACUUGGGUCAGGUGUAGAAGGAUCAAUUGCAGAUUCAGAUGAUCUAAACUUGGGGGAUAUCAAUGUAGUUGUUGAGUCUCGUGAUGGUGAUAGGAUCCACAUAAGAGUGGACUUGAUGGGCGAACAGACACAAAAAGCAUUUGAUGACGUCCUAACCGACUUAGCUCGUACAGCACCCCCAAUUCCAGGUUUCCGAAGAAAGAAAGGAGGAAAAACAUCCAAUGUUCCCAAGAGCUUCCUUCUGCAAAUCCUUGGUCGUGACCGAGUGACCAAAUUCACAAUCCAAGAAAUCGUGAGCUCAUCUGUGGCUGACUACGUUAAGAAGGAAAAUUUGAAGGCAAAAAACAAAUUCAACACGAAACAAACAGCAGAGGAACUUGAAGAGUCAUUCAGUCCGGGAAAUGGCUUCGGAUUCAAUGCUACUAUUGCCCUUGAGCUUGACAAUCCUGAUUCCAACCCUGACCAGUCAAGUUAAGCACCUUGUCCAUGUCAAGUACAUACCCUUCACUUAUUCUCUCUAAUCAUUGUUACUCUUCAAUUGUAAAUUUAAUUUAUAUUGUAAUUUUGUUGUCUUCAUUUCUUUUGACUCUUUGUAAUCUAAUUACUCUACAAAAUCUCGUCUAAUCUGAUUCUGUCAAAGGCAACAAUAUAAAUAAAUAUAUAAAUUCAUGCGAGUACAAUUCUCC